UCAGGAACAGAACGCCAGGCCCACGUGCGGCAGACAGCGGGUUCCAGGCUCGUGAGGGCUCGACUCCCACCAGACCCUCCGUUAACCGCGGAGCGUUUAGACACGAACCGACUCCCGGCCCCUCCUGUCACCGCCUCCACCUCGACACCCCGCGGCCCCGGCUCGGGACACCUCCUCGCUUGAAUUCGGCGCUGUUCCUUCACCGUGUGUCUCCCUCCCACCGUCUCCAUGAUGAUUCGCGGGGAAGAUGCGCCCGUGUGAAUUUCCCGUUGACCUUCGCCUCCGUUCGGCAGCAUCGAAGCAGUGCGACGCGCCUCAGCAGCAGCAGCAGCAGCGCCCCGGCCCCAGCCCCAGCCCCGGCUCCUCACCUCUCCUCCCGGGCUAGAAAACAACACAGGUGCCCCCCUCUCUCUCUCUCUCUCUCUUUCUGCCUCCAGCCGCUAAAACCUCCGAGUUUUCCCGUCAAUCCAUCCAGACCGAGGCAGAUGCCCCUCGCUCCUUCCCCCCGGCUUCUACUAUGGUGGAGUCUCCAUCUCUCAGCCCUUACUGGCCUCUCAUCCGCUUCCUGGUGCCUUUGGCGAUCACCAAUGUUGCCAUCGACCUCGGGGAACAGGCCCUGAACAGGGGUAUAGCCACAGUCAAAGAGGAUGCAGUUGAAAUGCUGGCCAGCUACGGCCUGGCCUACUCCCUGAUGAAGUUCUUCACUGGGCCCAUGAGCGACUUCAAGAAUGUGGGUUUGGUGUUUGUCAACAGCAAGAGGGACCGGAGGAAGGCGGUGUUCUGCAUGGUGGCGGCCGGAGCCAUCGCAUUCAUCCUACAUAUCCUGAUAGCUUACACAGAUUUAGGGUACUACAUCAUUAAUAAGCUCCACCACGUGGAUAACUCUGUGGGGAACAAGACAAGAAAGGCUUUCUUAUAUCUGGCUGCAUUCCCUCUGCUGGAUGCAAUGGCGUGGAUUCAUGCAGGGAUUCUUCUCAAGCACAAGUACAGUGUCAUCGUAGGCUCGGCCUCAAUCUCUGAUGUCGUGGCCCAGAUUGUGUUUGUGGCCAUCCUUCUCCACAGCAACCUGGAAUGUGUGGAGCCUUUACUCAUCCCAAUCCUCUCCCUGUAUAUGGGUGCCUUGGUCCGUUUUAGCAUUGUGGGAGUGGGUUACUACUGUAACAUUCACGACAACAUCCCAGACUCCAGUGGACUUGAUGUUGGGGGCGAUGCCACCAUCAAAAAGAUGCUGAGUUUCUGGUGGCCCCUGGCCCUCAUCCUGGCCACUCAGCGCAUCAGUCGACCCAUCGUCAACCUCUUUGUAUCACGUGACCUCAAGGGGACCACUGACGCUACAAAGGCUGUUGCCGUGCUCACAGCCACAUACCCUGUAGGUCACAUGCCGUACGGUUGGUUAACUGAGCUCAGAGCAGUGUACCCUGCCUUUGACAAGAACAAUCCCAGCAACAAGUUGAACGCCAGCAACUCCAUCACCAAGUCUCACAUUAAAAAGUUUACAUUCUGCUGUCUGGUUCUAUCACUCACGCUUUGUUUCGUGGUGUUUUGGAGUCCACACGUAUCAGAGAAGAUCCUCAUUGAUGUCAUUGGAGUGGAUUAUGCUUUCGCUAAGCUGUGUGUGGUCCCGCUCCGAAUUUUCUCCUUUUUUCCCUUGCCAGUGACUGUUCGGGCUCAUUUGACUGGAUGGCUCAUGACCCUGAAAAAGACCUUUGUGCUGGCCCCCAGCUCGGUUCUCCGCAUCAUUGUCCUCAUCACCAGUUUAGUUGUGCUGCCUUAUAUGGGGGUUCAUGGGGCCACACUCGGGGUUGGAUCACUCCUGGCCGGUUUCAUAGGGGAGUCAGCAAUGGUUGCCAUAGCAGCGUGCUAUGUUUAUCGACAACAGAGAAACAACGAGAUGUCCAAUGAGCUGGUGGUGGAGGGUGAGGACUCUGCCCCGAUGAGCGAGGUGUGCUCCAGGACGCAGAUGGACAGUAUCGAGGAGCUCCAGGAGGAGGAGGAGGAGGAACAAGAGUGAACUCUUGACAGCAGGCGGAGGUAAAGCUGAGCUCCACAUGGGGCUUUGCUGAAGAGGAGGCUGCUGAGUGUGACGGUGCUGGAGAGCAGAGAGGACCCGAGUAUGAUUUGGUUUAGGAUGUCCUCUCAACGGAAUUGAACUCUUGUUCGAGUGUCCAGGUCUUCAUCGUGUCGACCCACACACCAUUUAAACGCACACUGUAAAGAAAGCCAUGCACUUCCAAGUGUUCAUCCAUCAGAGUAAAAACCUUUGUCUUCCGACGUUUUCCAACAGUUCUCAUAGUUUUGCAUCAUCACAUUAGCGGGUGUAUUAACCACUUUUCAUGUGUUUACUGGUAAACAAGGGAAAUCCACAAAGGAGAACUGUUCCUCCUCACCAGCGGGAAUGAAACAUCUGUUGAGUGGUUGUGGUGUUGCCAAAAUACAGAGUUCAUUAUUUUGUUGUUUUAUCGAGAUUAAGUGGCAAGGCCUUGCUUGAAUUCAAAUAUAGAUAUGUUGUGGGACUUGUUGGGUUGUGCAAUCGUGUUUUACAUACCAUGGUGUACAGAUUAUUGUUGUUUUAUAUAGGUAAUGCGAUGUGUAUAUUUAAUUGCCUAGAGGGGUCAGGAAUCCCUCAUUAUAUCAUUGCGUGUUACAGAAUAGUUAUGAUUGUUCACUCUUCAUGCAGUCUGGGAGUCGCAUCUACUUUUGUUUUGCCAUGCAUUUUCCUGGUAGUAUUCAGACUGUCGUACGUACUGUAUAUACUGUACAGGCAUUCUUAUUUGGCAUAUAAAUUGCUUUGUUAUUAACUCUUUGGCUUUGUUGGCACUGGCUUCACUUUAUUGU